AUGGAUGCGGAGACCGGAGAUACCCGGUCUCCCCUGCUGCCGCGUCACCUUCCCAGCCAGACGCAGGUUUCCUCAGCGAAUCAGCACUAUAACAAGCCCUUCAGCUGGAAGGCCCCAGCCAUUAUUUUGGGCUUCGAAUUCUUGGAGAGCAUUGCUUACUCUGGUAUAGCACUCAACUUGGUCGUAUAUCUUGGAACCGUCCUCCAUGGAACCACUGCCUCCAAUGCUGCAACCGUUGAUGCGUGGAAUGGUGCCACGUUUCUUACACCGGUCCUUGGAGCCUUUCUUGCUGAUACAUACUGGGGAAAGUACAAGACCGCAGCUAUCUCUAUAAUAUUCUACGUCGUUGGCUUGCUCAUAAUUACUGCCUCUGCUCUCAUACCAUCCCUACGGCCUGCCUCAUGUGAAGGCGGUUCUUGCCCUCCUGCAACAGGGUUUCAGUAUUUUGUGCUCUUUGGUUCAUUGUACCUCAUUUCCAUUGGUACGGGGGGCGUCAAGUCAGCUUUACUUCCCCUCGGAGCGGAUCAAUACAAUGAUGCAAACCCCGAAGAGAGUAAAAGCAAACAAUUGUUCUUCAGUUGGUUCUUCAUGGCUGUCAACCUCGGAGUGUUCAUCUCUGGCACUGUUCUUGUCUGGAUACAGCAGAAUGUUGCUUGGUCUUUUGGAUUUGGCAUCUCCUCGAUAUGCCUUGUUAUCGCCGCAGUUGCCUUUUUGGUUGGAACACCGUUUUACAGGGUUCAACUUCCAACUGGGAGCCCACUCAAGAGUAUAGUAAUGGUGUUUGUUGCCUCUUUUAAGAAGAGAAGAGUGGCGCUUCCUGCUGGUAGCACGCUGUUGUUUGAAGGGGAUGACGCUGAAUCGAGCAGCAUAGUGCCAAACAAAUUAGAACACACUGAUGAAUUCAGGUGCUUAGAUAAGGCUGCUGUGGUUGUAGAGGACCAAGAGACGAAGGACAGACAUCGCACAUGGCUACUAUGUACCGUAACCCAGGUGGAGGAAGUGAAGAUUCUGAUCCGGAUGCUUCCAAUAUGGUUCACCUGUGUCUUCUAUUCGGCUGCAAUGAGCCAGACUGCUACUACUUUCAUUCAGCAGGGGAACGCGAUGAACACUAAGAUUGGAUCCUUCUCCGUGCCCGCUGCCUCUAUGAACUCUGCCGAGGUGAUCUUCAUGCUUGUCUGGGUUGUGUUCCAGGACAGCAUCGUCAUCCCGAUAGCCAGGAGGUACACCGGGAACCCGAUGGGACUGACGCUGCUUCAGCGGAUGGGCGUCGGGCGGUUGCUGGCGAUCCCAUCUCUGGCAGCAGCAGCACUGGUGGAGACUUGGAGACUGCGCAGCGUGAGGGCCGGGCAUAACCUGAGCAUCGGGUGGCAGCUCCCACAGUUUGUGAUCCUGGCCUGCUCCGACGUGUUCUGUGGCAUCGCGCAGCUGGAGUUCUUCUAUGCGGAGGCGCCUGCGUCGAUGCGCAGCCUGUGCUCGGCGUUCCAGUUCCUGGCCAUGUCGCUGGCGUACUACGUGAACACGCUGGUGGUCUCAUUGGUGGCGGCCGUGACCACGGCCUGGGGCGGCCAGGGCUGGCUCCCCGCUGACCUCAACAACGGCCAUCUGGACUACUACUUCUGGCUGUGGACGGGGAUCAGUGUGGUGAACUAUGUCGUAUACACGGCAUUUGCAAGGCGUUAUACGGUCAAGAAGGUUGUCUGUCAGUAA